CUCAGUAGUAAGAGGGCCUGGAGGGCUCUAGGCUGCCAGCUGGGCGGGGACCGCGACAGCAGGUUAAGGCUCUGAAGUGGAUCUUGAAAGACAGUCCAGUUACCUGGCCUUCCGAGGGCCUCUCGCCCCUCCGCGGGACCCUCUGUGCAGAACCAGGGGGUACUGUCUCGGGGAGGAAGAUGCCCGGCCCAUUGCUGCCCCUGCUGAGCCUGCUCCUCCUGGUUCACGGCACCUAUAGCGGGGGCCACCGGGAGGACUUCCGUUUCUGCGGCCAACGGAAUCAGACGCAGAAGAGCGAGCUCCAUUACCAGCAGACUCCACAAACAAGCAUUGCCAUUGAGAACUCUGAGGGGAAACUGGUCAUCCAUGCACCCUUCCUGGCAGCUGAGCCAGCUUCCAGAUCGUUCCCCGAACCCAGAGGCAUCUACCACUUCUGCCUGUACUGGAACCGACACACCUCGAGGUUGCACCUGCGCUAUGGCAAGAAUGACUACCUGCUGAGCACUGGGGCCUCUGACCUCCUGUGCUUCCAAAACCAAGAGAGUCUGGCUCAGGGCCCCCCACUGCUGGCCACAUCAGUCAGCUCCUGGUGGAGCCCCCAGAACACCAGCCUGCCCAGCGCUGCUGGCUUCAACUUCUCCUUCCACAGGCCCACCCAUAAAGUCUCCUCCAACACCUCAGUGGACCUGUGUGAACUGAAGAGGGAGCUACAGCAGCUCAACCACCUUCUGAAGCCUGGCAGGCGCACCUCGAAGAAGCUGUCCCCCCAUCCUGCCAGCCAGCAGCUGCAGAGCCUGGAGAGGAAGCUGAGCUCUGUGCCCUUCCCUGGGGACACACUGUCCUUUGAGGAAGAGAGGGUCAACGCCACUGUGUGGAAGCUGCACCCUGCAGCCGGCCUGGGGGACCUGCACAUUCACUCGGGGCAGGAGGCCGAGCAUCAUGAGGUGCUGGAAUACUCGGUACUGCUGCCCCGAGCACUCUUCCAGACCAAAGGCCGGAGGGAGAGGCCAGAGAAGAGGCUCCUCCUGGUGGACUUCAGCAGUCAAGCUCUGUUCCAGGACAAGAAUUCCAGCCAAGUCUUGGGGGAGCGUGUGCUGGGUAUUGUUGUGCCAGACACCAACGUGGCCAACCUGUCGGAGCCCGUGGUGCUCACCUUCCAGCAUCUUCCGCAGCCGAAGAACGUGACUCUCCAGUGUGUAUUCUGGGUUGAAGACCCUACACUGAAUGGCCCUGGGAGCUGGAGUGAUGCUGGGUGUGAGACCAUCAGCAGAGAUACACAGACGGCCUGCUACUGCAACCACCUGACCUACUUUGCAGUGCUGAUGGUCUCCUCCGUGGAGGUGGACGCCGUGCACAAGCACUAUCUGUCCCUGUUGUCCUACGUUGGCUGUGUGAUCUCCGCCCUGGCCUGUGUCAUCACCAUGGCCGCCUACUUCUGCUCCAGGAGGAAGCCCCGUGACUACACCAUCAAGGUGCACAUGAACCUGCUGCUGGCCGUCUUCCUGCUGGACGUGAGCUUCCUGCUGAGCGAGCCCGUGGCGCUGACAGGGUGGGAGGCCGCCUGCCGCGCCUCUGCCCUCUUCCUGCACUUCUCCCUACUCGCCUGCCUGUCCUGGAUGGGCCUAGAGGGCUACAACCUCUACCGCCUGGUGGUGGAGGUCUUCGGCACCUAUGUUCCCGGCUACCUGCUCAAGCUCAGCAUUGUGGGCUGGGGCUUCCCCAUCUUCCUGGUGACGCUGGUGGCGCUGGUGGAUGUGGACAACUAUGGCCCCAUCAUCCUGGCAGUGCACAGGACUCCUGAGAGUGUCACCUACCCUUCCAUGUGCUGGAUCCGGGACUCCCUGGUCAGCCACGUCACCAACUUGGGGCUGUUCAGCCUGGUGUUCCUGUUCAAUACGGUCAUGCUGGGCACCAUGGUGGUGCAGAUCCUGCGGCUGCGGCCUCACGGCCAGAGGUGGCCCCACGUGCUGACGCUGCUGGGCCUCAGCCUGGUACUCGGCCUGCCCUGGGCCUUGGUCUUCUUUUCCUUUGCAUCCGGAACCUUCCAACUUGUUGUCCUCUACUUCUUCAGCAUCAUCACCUCCUUCCAAGGCUUCCUCAUCUUCCUCUGGUACUGGUCCCUGAGGCUGCAGGCCCGCGGGCCCUCCCCACUGAAGAGCAGCUCCGACAGCGCCCGGCUGCCCAUCAGCUCGGGCAGCACCUCAUCCAGCCGCAUCUAGGCCACCUGCCCCACUAUGCGCACAGGCGGGAGCCAGCCUCUCCUCUGCACUGAGCUGGACCAGCUGAGCCAGAUACACAGGAAGACCAGGGAACUCAAUGGAUGGAUGAGGCUUUAAGCUGGUCAGCAGUCACUGGUCACUGGUUACUAGUCACUCUGUCCAGCUCACUGGAGUUUAGGUGUCAUCCAGCUCCCUGCUGGCCCUGCCCAAGGAUGAGGCAGCUCUUUAAAACCCCUGGGCUCAGGCCUGGAAGCUGGGGGUCAGGGUCCUGCUGGUGCAGCUUAGGGCCCACUCCCUCCCCUUCUCUGCCCUCCUCACCUCCUCUCAUGGGGCCUCCUGUCCUGUCCACUCACAGCUGGGACCCAGUACUCUUUGAGGGGGGGAAGUUGUGUACCUGCUGUUAGCUGCCUAUGUACCUGCUGUCAGCCUUCAUCUACUGCACAGGCCUUGGUCUGUCCCUGACACAGGUUUAGCACCAUGGGGUGGGUGAGGCCCUCUCAUUUCACCACUGCCGAGCCCACACCACAGGGGCACCUGGCCUCACCAGAGUCCCACUGUGGCAGGAACUGUCAAAUAUUGUCAUCUUUGUGGGUUUGCACCUCAACGCUCUGAAAGACUGAAUAUGACACCCCCCACCCCCACCGGUGUCCCCAGCAACAUGGAGUCCAUCACAGGUAGUGCUGGUGGGCACAGAUUUUGUGUCGUCUACUGUGUAAGGUGUGUGCAUGACAAGAACACCUGGAGUUCCAGACAUAAGGCUGGGGAGCCAUCGUUACAGCCUGGCCAUCCAGGAAGACUUUUUUGCUCUGAAUCCCAGCCUUAAAGAUGACUUUCUUUCAUUGGUUUUUGAAGAUGUCCUUUCUAAUUACCAGCCCACUCAUCUUUUUGAUAUUAAAAAGAAAGAUGUACAUGUUUGUCAUAGAAAAUUUGGAAGUGGUAGAAAAAGUUAUACAGAGGGAAAUAAAAAUUUGUUGUUCUUACCGAA